AUGAUUCAGAAAUCAGCACUGCGGAAGCCAAGCUGUUCUGUAAUCAUAUUAGCGAUUUUUUUGUUGUGUCUGGAUAGGGGUGAUCCUUGGCCAUGCACUCAUCAGCUACUGAUUAUAUCAAGCAUCUCCUUCAAUUCAAGUAUGGUAUCACAAGGCACUAUUCUCUCAUACAAAUAUAAGGACCCUCUUCUAAUACCACACCCAUGUGAGACAUUCUACUUUGGAGGACAGACUCCUCCAGCCUUAUACCUUGGGGAAAAGGUUUUCCUCAGCCAGGAUAAUUUUCAGAGCAGUCUUUUGCCACUGGCCAUUCCAGCUCUAUUGGAAAGCCCACCAGCUGAAGUCACUAGUGCUCUUUUUGUGCAAAAUAAUCGAGUGCUUUUCGUAAUAAAUGAAAAGGUCUAUUUGUAUUUCUAUAGCACAUGGAAAACCUGGAAAGUGUCAACUGGAAUCGAUAGCCCCAUUACAGAUAUCACAAACAUGGACUGCUGUUAUUCUUUGAACGACAUCAAUUGUUACGAUACCAGCAAUUUCAUUAUUGCUUAUUCAACUGGAAAUCCUGCUCAAUCCACUGAUGUCUUCACCUCCAAAGAUGGGGGAUACAGAUUUUUAAAAACAAGCCCUGCCAGUUACGAAAAUGCACUGAUUGGUGUCUACAACUUUAUUUCCUUGGCACAACUUGGAGUUGUCCUCAAUAAAACAGAUGGUGAUGGGGAAGCUUAUUUCACAUAUACAGAUAUAAACUUAGACCAUCGAGACCAAGGUGCAAAAUUCGACCUGAAACUCUAUGUAGCUGAAUCUGUUUUUGGCAUAAUUCCCCCUGGCCUGAGAGGUUUUAUUCUCCUUUGGACAAAAGACUCUUUCGUGUUCUCUUUCAACCAUGGCCUGAAUGUAGAUCUGAUAACAGUGCAUCCCACUGAUACAUAUGUUAAUGUGACAUUACCUUUGCGUGACAAAGGCCUUUGUAAUGUAGCUGCCAACAAAAAUGAGAUUGCAGCACUCACCAGGAGCCAUAAACUUUUCUAUGGAACGCUGGACAUGGAAUCAACAGUGAUGGUACACAUUGCUGAUAAAACCACGGCCAAACCCACGGACCCUUGUGAGGCGAUGAUGUUUGAGAAUAUUGGGGAGCUUGUUUUUGUGAGCCCUAUUCCAAGCACGGAUUCUGAAUUGUAUCAUUUUCAGAAAUGCAUUAUUAACAUUCAGGACACACUCAUGACUUUACGGCCACCCCUGGAGCCCUGUCCUGUAGAGAUCCUCAGUGGUGAUUUCCAUAACAAAAUAUAUUACAUUGAUAUGAAGCAGGAACUUCAUUUUAAUGUCACAUUCGUGCCCAAGCCGGGCAGUGGGACCUAUCCAUAUGUAACUGUGAGCAAUCCCCAUGCGCUGGCAUUUCAAGCAGAUAUUGAUCAGGAUGGCUUUACCUUUGACGGAAACACUAAAUACAGGCUACAUAUUAGGCUGCUUCAACAGGCUUUCUCGGGCAUGUCUCACAGCGAGUUUCAGGAUACUCUUUACUCAAGCAGGAUAUCCACAGUCACUGUGGACAUCUACAACAAAGCCAUAUUCUGUAUUGACAUGCAUCCAUUGACAGCCCUUAUUGUAGUGGGCUGUUCACCUAAGAAACGUAUCAAAAUUUCUGAGAGUACAACAGCAUGCAACAGAGGUCUCUUUCAGGAUAUCGUGCUGCAGAAUAAUUUUGUUUAUUCAAUUGAUCGAGAGGUAUAUGACCCACAGUUCCGUGCAAGAAAAAAAUUGGUACAGCCAAACCUUAACAUUACCUAUCGUUAUGACCUUUGGAGAUGUCCUAUUCUGUUGUACUAUGACAGCCCAUGGCUUCCCAUUCUUGAAUUGUGGGACAAUGAUGAAUUCAUAGAAUAUGUUUCUGCUGAUUUUGUACUGUAUGAAAUACAUGGAAUGCAUAAUUAUAAAUAUCUCCUGGAUGAAGUAGAAGCUGAGUGUAGGGUAAAAGCGCAGAACUGGAUCGAUCUGAUAGAAGAGGAUCCUGGAAGAGAGCCAAGUGAUAUGUGGAACAGAUUGAUUUAUGAAAAUUGUAAGAUUGCCAAAGAAAAGGGGACUCCGCCAUCAGCUUCCAGGCCGUAUGAAGUUCUAAAUAUGAAUGAGAAUAACAGAAUAUUAUUUCCACAGUACAAUGGCAUAUAUGUCUUCAAAGCCAUUGUUGUAGAUACACAAUAUAGCUACUGUGACCUAACAACAGUUUUCAGUGUGUAUGUACAUGGUGCCCUCCCAAAGUCUCAGAUCAAUGUUGGUAAAACACUUAUUAGUUUUCUGGUUCUCAUAUUUGGCUCCAUUUUGAUGGUAUACUACUUUCCUAAAUUAAUGAAGGAAAAUGCAAGAAUGAAAACAGUUUGGGCAUAA